AUGAGCGAUCCGAUCCGGUCCAACUCCCACCGCUACUGCCCCUGCAAAUUACACCUCCCCCGCUCCCAGUUGUCUCGGAGUAGAUGUGUGGCUGGCCGCGGCAGAAGCGACAUAGUCCGACCUAGACCAGUCGGCAGAUGCGUUCUUUGCUGGCAUUUCCCGACUGUUGGCCAAUAUUUACCGAUACUGGGUUGGGUGUCGACUGCCCCAUCCUGCCGACGACAGAAUAAGCUCGCAGCCAAAACGCGGCUGACAAGAUGUGCUUCCAAGCGACUUCCGGGUCGAUUUCUGUUUUUCUAG